UGAUUCUUCAAGUCUCCUUCUUCUUUACACCUCCCCCCAUUUCCAAUAUUCUCUUCUCUCUUCUUUUUCUCAUUUCCCCUCCUCCUUCCUUAAAUUGCCUAAUCACAUCUCUCUCUCUCUCUAAGAUCUCCUGUUUCUUUGGGUAUAUAAGAUUUGAGAGACAAGUGUGUCAGAGUUUCAGAGCUAAAUUCUUCCUCUUUGUCUUGGUUGGGUUGGUUUGUGUUUUGAGAGCAGCAAGCUGGACCCCAAUUUUGUGUCAGAAACCAAAUCUUUAUCUUGUUCAUUUGUCUCCCCCCAAAAACCCUAAUUCUUUUAUCCAUGUCCAUGAAUUCUAGGAGCUUAUUGUUAUCUCCAAACCCUAAUUCCCUCAAAUCUAGGUUCACUAGUGGAUUGCUGAGAGCCCUGUUGAGAAUAAACAAGCAACCUCAUCAGCAACCCAGAUCAGCAAGAGAGAUCUGGAAACGCCAGCGCUUAAUCAAGGCUGCUGCUUAUAAAUCCAUGGCUUCUUCUGUUGGGAAUAGAAGAGCUUGGAGUCGGGCGUUGCUUUGGAAGAUCCGAAACCAGAGACGUAGAGGCUACGCGGCGAGGAGAAAUACCGGCAGCAGUUCUCGUCAGUUGUCCGUGAAGAAAAGAAUAUGUGAUCUGCAGAAAGGGAAUAAUAACAGCAAGAACCGGGUCGAGGUUGGUGGUUCGGGUCAAGUGGAGAAGCUCCGGAGGCUUGUUCCGGGCGGUCAGGUCAUGGAAACUUGCAGCUUGUUGGAAGAGACUGCUCAUUACAUGAAGUGCCUUGCCACACAGGAGGAUGCAACACAUCAAUUAGGACGAGUGAGACAGCAUGGAUCGAUAAACUCAGUGGACGUACAAACAACACUAAUCAAUUGAGAGGUAGAUAGCUUAGCUAAGCCAGGCACAUGUUGAUCCAGCUUAUUCGAACAUGAUUAAGCUUAAUUAAUAAUUAUGAGUUGGUUAACGAGUCUAAUUCUAAAACUUGGUCAUGUAAUAGCUAGGCAAACAAGGCCCACCCAUGUUCUUGUUUUGGCUAUAGCUACGUACUGAUCGAUCACUACUACUCCUCCUCCAAGCUAUAGUAGUACUCGAGCAAUAGUUGAAGCUAGCCAAGGGCUAAUGCAUCAUCUUGUUCUUAUUCCUUCUAGUUGACAAUAGCUACCUCCAAUCCCUGC